AUGUUCGGAACCAAGGCAGCAGUUCUGCGUGGAGCGAGACUUAUCGGCCGCCGCUCGCUGCACAGGCGUCAGCCGCCCGACGCUCCUGCGGCAGCAGCAGCUGUCUGCGCUGGGCCUGGCGUCUCGCAACGGGAGCGUGGUGCUGCUCACUACAGCAGGAGGGUCGCUGGAUUGUCAACUGCGGCGGGAUUGAAGGUUGCUACGGCGGCACGUCAGGUGCAACACGGGGGGGAGCGGUUCCCGUCGCUGCUUAUCACUGCCGACGACAUCACUGCGGAGGGUUCGUUCGCGGAGACUCAGGCGACGUUCAUGACUCCGGACCCGUCCUUGGUGUCUGAGCUGGACCACUUGCUGCCCACCAAGAACAUGGGGGUGGUGGCUCACUAUUACAUGGAUGCCGAGCUGCAGGGCGCGCUGGCGGCCCUGAAGUGGGAGCACGUGUCCGUGGCCGACUCGCUCGCGAUGGGCGACGCGGCGGUGCGGAUGGCCGAAGCGGGGGUCUCGAGCGUGGCGUGCCUGGGGGUCGACUUCAUGGCGGAGAGCGUGCGGGCGACGCUGGACUCGAGGGGGUUUCAAGGGGUGCCGGUGUACCGCCUGUCGGAGUCCGAGAUUGGCUGCAGCCUUGCGGAAGCGGCGGAGCGCAAGGCCUACGAGGCUUGGCUCAGGAAGGCCUCGGCCACCGCGAACUCCAUGCACGUUGUCUACAUCAACACCUCCCUCGUCACCAAGGCCCUGUCGCACUCUCUGGUGCCCACGAUAACGUGCACCUCCUCCAACGUGCUCCACACGGUGCUGCAGGCGUUCGCCCAGGUCCCUGACCUAACCAUAUGGUACGGCCCGGACACGUACAUGGGAGAGAACCUGCACAACAUGCUGACGGAGCUCGCCGGCAUGACCGACGGACAGAUCAGGGAGGUGCACCCGAAGCACGAUCAGGCGUCGGUACGAAGCUUGCUGCCGAGGUUUCACUACUUCCGCCAGGGGAACUGCAUCGUGCACCACAUGUUCGGGGAUGAUGUUGUGGAACGCGUGCGAUCAAACCACGCGGAUGCCUUCCACACAGCGCACUUGGAAGUGCCCGGGGAGAUGUUUCGUCUUGCCAUGGAGGCUCAGAACAAGGGGCGGGGAGUGGUGGGAUCGACGUCAAACAUUCUCGGAUUUAUCAAGGACCAGACAAGGGGGGCGGUGGCGCGGGCGGGGGGGGCGGGGGGGGCGGGGGAGGAAGCAGCGGGAGAGAAGCUUUCUUUCGUGCUGGGCACGGAGUCGGGCAUGAUAACGAGCAUCGUGAGGGCGGUGCAGGAGGAGCUCAGGGCGCACAACAACAAGACGCAGGUGGAGAUCGUGUUUCCGGUGGCCUCGGAGGCCAUGACGGCUACUGGGGAGUCUGGCGACGGCAGCAUGCAGGUCGUCCCGGGUGUUUCUGGCGGAGAGGGAUGCUCUACGGCAGGGGGGUGCGCGACCUGCCCGUUCAUGAAGAUGAAUGACUUGCACUCUCUCUUGGACGUGGUUGGUGACGCGAACGAGUCCGGCGCGGUGCCGGACGUGUUGAAGGGUUUCCUUCCGAAGAGGCGAGCCUUCACCAUUGACGGCCAGGACAAGACGGAGCUAGGGGUGGUCCCGAUCAUGCACAUGCGAGACCUCAUGAAAGACGGGGCUCUCUCGGACGACCUUGUAUCGGACGUGCAAUCCAGAUGUGGCUGA